CUGACAUUGUUUUUCGCAAUUACAAUCACAAAACUUUUCCCAACUUUUCAGUGUUUUUUAAUGUUUACAUAUUUCUUUUAAAAACAAUGGCACGUUAUUUCAAGGAACAAGAUAUUGAUGAAUUCCGAGAAUGCUUCUAUCUCUUUGCAAGAUCUGGUCAAAUCACUUCUCUGGAUGAGCUGACUGUUGUAAUGAGGUCUUUAGGCAUGAGUCCGACUAUACAAGAACUUACUGGUUACUUAAAAGGCAAAGGUGGCAAAAUGUCGUUUGCAGAUUUCCUAGAGGUGAUGCAUAUACAUUCCAGAGCGGAGAACCUACCUCAUGAAGUUGUUAACGCGUUUAAAGCCGGUGACAAUGAUAAGAGGGGUGUUAUCCCAUCAAAGCAGCUACGUAACUUGUUGCAGAACUGGGGCGAAGGCCUUUCGUCGAGAGAGGUGGAUAAUAUAUUCCGUGAAGCGAACGUCUCCAACAACGGUAUUGUUCGUUACGAAGACUUCGUGAAGAUAGCCUGUGCACCCGUACCGGACUAUUAUUGAAUUAUAAAUAUCAAUCACAUAAAUUUGAAGCUGUUUAUUUUUAUAUUAAAUGUGAUUUUUUUUUAUUGUAAUUAAAUAAAAUCUAAAUCGUUGCCACUUGUAAAAAAUAUAUAUGAAUGUUGCCAGUGUAUGGCUCAUCGGUCUAUUUAUUAAAGUAGUUUACUAUUUUCGUAAUGAAGUAUUAACUUGUAUUUUAUUUGGCGUUCUUGAAG